AUGGAGGUAAAUUGGAUCACUAGACCCAAUCUCCUAGGAAUGGCAACGCUGGGUAUCACGAUAUGCCUGGGAUCCAUAUCUUUCGUUGUCUUCAUCCUACGACUGUGGGCACGACACAAGACACGAGCAACAGGAACAGAUGACUACCUCAUGGGUAUUGGUGUGGCGAUUUACCUGGCAUGCUGCGUCUUCACAUCAAUUGCAGUAUAUGCAGGCAUGGGCACAACGGAUAGUCGUCUGAAAGAGUGGAAUAUGUGGCUUGUGUUUUUCCAGAUCACUUACGCAUGGAGUCUUCCAUUCAUCAAAGCCAGCAUCUGUUUCACAGUCUUCCGCAUCACGAACCGAAGAAGAUACCGAACCAUCCUUUGGGCCGUCAUGAUUGCAUCAGGGCUUAGCACCACUAUCGGCUUCAUUGCUGUGGUUGCAGUGUGCCGCCCCGUCGAGUACACUUGGGAUAAGUCAGUGGACGGACAGUGCGCACCUCAGAAUAUCAUUACCACGAUAAGCUACAUGAUCUCGGUUUUAGCAAUUGUGACCGACUGGACAUGUGCAAUCGUCCCGACCGUUGUUGUUUGGGGUCUACAGAUGAAGUCAAGAGUGAAGGUUUCUGUUUGCGCUGUGCUUGCGCUAGGUGCGAUUGCAAGCGCCGCCACGAUAGUCCGACUGCCGUACCUGCAGUACUACAACCAAGUUGAGAAUUACUUGCACAACAUUUCUAAUAUCGUCCUGUGGUCGAUUCUCGAGUGCGGGAUCGGUAUCAUUGCCGGCUCACUUCCAUCAUUGAGGAGACUGCUCAAGUUCUGGCUAGACAAGUCCAGCAAAGGCUCUUACAACAACACAGGGUCGAAUGAUCUGAAUGCAAGGCAGGCUGGGAGUAAUGGUAUCAGAAUGAAUAACCUCAGCGGGCGAGGUAUGACAGUUUCGAACUGCCAAAGUGGCCCUCACGACAACUGGGCUCAGCUGGAUGAUGAUUCCGAUAGCCAGAAGCAUAUCAUCAUGAAAACUCGAGAAUUUACGGUCCAAUACGAACGAGACGGUCAAUCUCGUGGACGGUGA